GCCAUUGGUUAUCGUGUUCAAAGCCCAUCCCAAAAACCGGAGAGGAAAACAAAGCAAAGCGCGCACAAAAUUCCACCCAUGGCGAUCUCUUUUCUGCACAAUUCGCUGCCUAUUUCGCAAUGAACAGGAUCAAUUUCUGCAUGCUCGUUUGAUAUCCUCGAAAUUCGGUUUCAAUUUAUGUUCAAUUGUCGAUUUUGAGGCGGUUGGGGGAAAAUGGGCGGCAGCAAAUGGAUGAAAGCCAGGAUUGCGCUAGGGUUGAAGUUGAAUUCGUGCCUCUACGUUCCGAGAACGGUUGAGGAGUCUCAGCCGCUGCCGCCGCCGAGGCCUUCCGGCGCCGAAUCACUGUCUCCGGCGGAUCACCGAGUGCAAAUGCCUACUACGCCUACGCCGUCUUCUUCUGGACUCCGCUUGCCCAAGCAAUCCUCCAAAUCUUCAAAGAAGAUUUGUGCAAUAUGCUUGGGAACCAUGAAACCUGGUCAUGGCCAUGCAAUUUUCACUGCAGAGUGCUCGCACUCGUUUCAUUUUCAUUGUAUCGCAUCCAAUGUGAAGCAUGGAAGACAAAGUUGUCCCGUUUGCCGUGCAAAAUGGAAGGAGGUACCCUUCCAGAGUCCUGAUAAAUCCCAUGUGGGAGAUAGGAUAAACAAUGUGCCCUGGCCUCAGGAUGAGUCUUUGACGCGGUUAGUGAGACGGAUCCCUUCUCCACGAAUGGAUAACAAUCGGAACGUUUCUUCUAUGUUUCAUGCUGUGGAACCUGAUGUCUUUGAUGAUGAUGAUGAAAUUUGUGGUGACUUUCCCCGUGGCACCACCAAUAGGACAUUCAGUAAGCACACUGAUGACAACCGCUUUACUGGAGCAGUUGAAGUUAAAACGUAUCCAGAAGUUUCUGCUGUUGUAAAAUCAAAAUCAUAUGACGAUUUUUCUGUCCUAAUUCAUCUGAAAGCGCCUACUGCUACGACAAUGCAACAUUCUGAGACUGAUAGAGCAGGUUCUCGAGCUCCUGUUGAUCUUGUCACAAUGCUUGAUGUCAGUGGCAGCAUGGCUGGCACCAAGCUCGCUCUGCUUAAACGAGCAAUGGGGUUCGUUAUCCAAAACUUAGGUCCUUCGGAUAGGCUAUCUGUGAUCGCCUUCUCCUCAACAGCACGUCGUCUCUUUCCUCUCCGUAGAAUGAAUCACACUGGAAAGCACGAAGCACUGCAAGCAGUCAACUCCCUAAGCUCAAAUGGAGGGACGAACAUUGCUGAUGGCCUCAGGAAGGGCGCCAAGGUGAUGAGUGAGCGUAAGAGUAAAAAUCCGGUCAGCAGCAUCAUACUGUUAUCCGAUGGCCAAGACACGUACACCACCACCUCUCCUACUGGUGGCAACGCCCGCUCUGAUCAGCAGUCGUUACUCCCAGCCUCCAUGCACAGAAAUAAUGCCUCUGGUCUUCAUAUUCCUGUGCAUGCAUUCGGAUUCGGCUCAGAUCAUGAUGCAGUUUCGAUGCAUUCCAUCUCUGAAACUUCUGGUGGAACAUUUUCUUUUAUAGAGGUGGAGGACGUGAUUCAGGACGCCUUUGCACAGUGCAUCGGGGGCCUCCUAAGCGUCGUUGUACAAGAAUUAAGAGUGGAAAUCGAGUGCGUUGAUCCAAUGCUGCAACUCACCAGUAUAAAAUCCGGAAGCUACAAGAACAUUCUGGCGUCUCACAAAAGAAAAGGCACGAUUGAGGUUGGAGAUCUGUAUGCUGAAGAAGAAAGGGAUUUUCUAGUGACAACUGAUAUCCCAGCCACUCAAUCCAGCAGCGAUGAGAUGCCACUCAUCAAAGUGAAAUGCGUGUACAAGCAUCCCAUCUCUAAGAAUCUAGUCACACUAGAUUCUGCAAAUGAGGUCACCAUCCAACGGCCCGUUGUAGCCGGAUCAGUGGUGGUGUCAAUUGAAGUGGACAAGCAGCGAAACAGGCUCCAAUCCGCUGAAGCCAUGGCAGAAGCUAGAUCCGCAGCAGAGGAAGGUGAUCUAGCUUCAGCCGUCGCCAUCCUAGAAAACUGCCGUAAACAGCUCUCAGAGUCCGCAUCAGCAAGAGCCGGUGACAGAUUAUGCAUUGCACUGGAUGCCGAGUUGAGGGAAAUGCAAGAAAGGAUGUCGAACAGACAGACGUACGAAACGUCCGGGAGAGCCUACGUUCUGUCAGGACUGAGCUCGCAUUCUUGGCAGAGGGCAACUGCGAGAGGCGACUCCACAGACAGCUGGAGUGUCGUGCACGCAUACCAGACACCAUCUAUGGUGGACAUGGUGAACUUGUCCCAGACCAUGAUCCUAGGUAACCCAUCGCCUCGGCCGACAAUCAGGCCAACCAGAUCUUUCCCUGCAAGGCAGCAGCAUCCCAGCUGAUGUCAUUUAUUCUUUUUUUGGUAUGCUAAGCCUAAGACUGUCUCGUAACUUCAUGUCUUCUUAGAUUUGUUAAUUCAUUUUUACAUUCUGAUAUCUCUGCUGGGUUAAAAAUUUUGGGCUGGGGGCUUGUAAUAAGGACAAAGGGAUAAAGGAUUGUGAAUGGUUUGUUUGUUGUUGGGAUUGAGGUAUAUUCACUUCAAAUGUACAUGCAAUGUGAUUUUGGGGGAGUUUUUUCUGGCA